GCGGGGCAGGAAGCGGGACGGGCCUGGACGGGCCGCGGAGCCGCCGGCCGAUGCCAAGGCGCAGGGAGGUGCCGGCGCUGGGCAGCCUGUGCCUGCAGAGCCUGGUGCAGCACAUGCAGAGCCUCUGGGUGAGGGACUACAGCGACAAUUACCUGGAUGAGUUCCAGUUCCGCUUCGUUAUGGGCCCCUUCAACGACCUCCCCGGAAGCGCGGUGCAGGAGCUGCUGCGGGUGCUGGCCGAGAGCCGGCGCCUCUCACGGGCAGCGCUGCACCUGCUGCUGCUGCCGCAGCUGCGGGAGCUCAGCCUCAGCCCCUGCCCCGGCCUCGCCAGCAACGGCAUCGCCCGCUUACUCGCCCUGCGCUGCCAGGGCCUGAGCUCUCUGGACCUGCGUGGCUGCAGCCGGCUCUCUCCGGCGGCGCUGGAGGCGGUGGUGGAGGCGCUGCCGCGGCUGCAGCGCCUGGUGCUGGCGGCCACGCAGGCGGAGGAGCGCGUGCUUUCGGCGCUGGGCCGCCGCUGCCGAGCCCUGCGGGAGCUCGACGUCUCGCACUGCCGGAACCUGGCCCCCCGUGCUCUGCGCUGCCUGGCCUUCGACCCGCUGCACCGGCGCCGGGGCUGCCCCGCGCUGCGCGUCCUGCUGGCCCGCGGCCUGGAGCUGGCAGGGGAUGGCGGCACGGCCCCGGCCUCGGCGCUGGCCUUCCUGCUGCUGGCACUGCCGUGCCUGGAGUUCCUGGCGCACGGCGCUGUGCCGGACACCCUCCGCCUCCUGCAUGAGCAGGAACUGGAUGGUGCGGAGGAUGCCGAUGGCUUCCCCUCACUGCAGGAGGCGGCGCGGUGGCGGGGGGUAACGCCGGGGGGGGCCCGGCUCACGCUGCCCCUGCGGCGCGUGGAGGAUGUGGAGGAGCCUGACCUGGCUGUGGUCCGGGCCAUGUGUCCGCAGGCCGAGGAGGCCAAUGUGUGGUUGAGAGACGGCACCGGCACUGCGGAGCUGCAGCGCUGGGGCUCCCUGUCCCAGCUGACGCUGGGCUGUGCCGAGGGCCGGGCGCUGGCGGGGCUGGUGCCGGUGCUGCAGAGCCUGGGCCCGCGCCUGCAGAGCCUGACCCUGCACGGCUUCUGCUGCCACGACGGGCUGGCCCUGGUGGCUGUGCUGGCGGCGUGCCCCGGGCUGCAGGCUUUCAGCGCCGAGCUGCACCUCCCGCCAGACACCGGCACCGAGAGCGGGGAGCCAGAUGAGGAGCCACCACGCUGUGCCAGCGACCCCCUGCCCCGCGGCUGCCCCCAGCUCCAGACCUUCUCCUUGACGCUGGCUGGCGGCACCGGCUCCGGGCUGGCGCUGGGCACCACGCUGAGCCCUGCACUGACCUCGCUGCUGCGCCAUGCGCCACGCCUGCAGCGCCUGCGCCUGCUCGCCAUCCCCUUCCCACUGGAUCCGGUGUUCCAGGCGGUGCUGGCGGCGCCGGGGCCGCCGCUGCAGGAGCUGCAGGAGCUGAGCCUGGCCGGGAGCCACGUGUCUGGCCGCACCGUGCGCUUGCUGCUGGCUUCCCACAGCCGCCUGCGCCGCAUGGACCUGAGCCGCUGCCGCGACGUCCACCGGCGCGACUACGACGGCUUCCUGCAGCGCGUGAGGAAGCAGCGCCUGGACCUGGACAUCGCCUGGGAAUAGCGGCACCGGCGGCACCUGCCUUUAAUAAAGGAGCUGUGCUGCCGACGGCGGCACCAUC